AUGGGACGAAAUAAAGAUGGAGAGGAUAAAAUUACAAAUACAUUAGGACUUGAUUGUGAGACUGCCAAUGAAAGGGAUUUACGAUAUAGGGCUCUCUUUCACGACCUAGACGUUUACGAUGAAGGUAGAUUGACAACAAGAUCAUUGAAAACAGCAUUUCGUAGAAAAAACCAUCCGUUAAGAGAUAGUGACAUUGCUAUUCAAGAACUAUUUAGAUCAAUGGAUUCAAAUCAUGAUAAUGUAGUUGAUUUUGAUGAUUUUAAGAAAUUUGCCUUUUCUGCAGAGCAUCAAAUCGAAAAAGGUUUUAAAAAAUUAGAUUCUGAUAAUGAUGGAUACAUUAAAUUGGCCGAUGUUAGUAAAUAUCUUUCUAAGUUGGAAAAGACUAACCAUAUAGUAAUAGUUAACACUAGUCUAAUUGGUAACGAUAUUGAUGCAGAAGCAAACACCUGUAGAGCUGCCUCCCAAAGUAAAAAAAACACAUUUGCAUCGUUCGCCAAGUGGGCAUUCAAUCAAAAAUAUACAAAUAAAGGAAUCAAUACUGAUAUGAUCACCAAUAAUGAUUCUGUUAUUACUUAUAACCAAUGGCGAGAUUUUUUAUUUUUAAUGCCAAGGAAAAGUGGAUCAAGAUUACACACUGCAUUUUCUUACUAUUAUUUAUUUAAAGAGGAUGUCGAUUUAUCAUCCGAAGGUGAUAUGACUCUAAUAAAUGAAAUUUUCAGAGGGUUUGCAUAUUUUGUGGCAGGAGGUGUAUCUGGUGUGAUAUCUCGUUCAUGUACCGCUCCAUUUGAUAGAAUUAAAGUGUUUUUAAUUGCAAGAACAGAUCUAUCGUCAACUAUUCUAAAUUCUAAAGAGGAUCUUUUGGCUAGGAAUCCAAAAGCUAAUGUAGAUAAAUUGAAGUCACCCAUUGUAAAAGCUAUCACAUCAUUAUACAAACAAGGUGGUAUUAAAGCCUUUUACGUUGGGAAUGGUCUUAACACAUUUAAAGUCUUUCCUGAAAGUUCUAUCAAAUUUGGAAGUUUUGAAAUAAUGAAAAAAUUAAUGACUAAAAUUGAAGGUUGUAAGGAUAAAUCUGAACUUUCCAAACCUUCAACGUUUAUAGCUGGUGGGUUGGCAGGUAUGGCUGCUCAAUUUUCUGUAUACCCAAUAGAUACAUUAAAGUUCCGUAUUCAAUGUGCUCCAUUAGCAAAUCUUCAGGACAAAAAUAUUCUAAUAAAUACAGCAAAACAAAUGUAUCGCGAUGGUGGACCUCUAAUAUUUUAUCGUGGAUUAACUGCGGGACUUUUAGGUAUGUUUCCAUACGCUGCUUUAGACUUAGGUACAUUCUCGAUAUUGAAAAAAUGGCUAAUCGUUAGAAAGGCAAAAGAAAUGAAUAUUCCAGAGAAAGAUGUCACAUUGAGUAACUUAACGGUCAUACCAUUAGGUGCCUUUAGUGGUUCAGUUGGUGCAUCUGUUGUCUAUCCAAUCAAUUUACUGAGAACGAGAUUACAAGCUCAAGGUACAUAUGCUCACCCUUAUACAUAUACGGGUAUCAGAGAUGUGUUACAACAAACAAUCAAGAGGGAAGGUUACCCAGGGUUAUACAAGGGAUUGAUACCUACAUUAGCGAAAGUAUGUCCGGCUGUUUCUAUUAGUUAUUUAUGUUAUGAGAACAUCAAACGAGUUGCCGAAUUAGAGUAG